UGUGUGUGUCAGUCAGUUAUUGCUCAGGCAGCUGUACUUCUAGACACUCUCAGGAUAUGACAUCAUUGGGAGGGGAGAAAAAGAUUAGGCAGAGUUUCUUUCAUGAAAACCCCAGAAAGGGCUGGUGCGUGUGUGAGUUUUUCCCUGACUCUGGGAACUCAGGACUAAACGGAGGACGCUCGGAAGAAAUCCGGAGGACCUAGCUAGCUGACCUGUCCAUACCCGCGGGGGACAGUUGCUCUCCAAUUCAGAUCAGGUCUGGAGUUAGAAACCCAGGAUGUCCACCCUGAAGCUUCCAGGCUAGGACUCCACCUCGGGACCGCUCCCCUGCCCUUUUAAACCUGGCUACCCCCGCCCAGAAUGGCUUUGUGUCUCAGCCAAGUUUUCAACAAAGACAAAACUUUUCGCCCCCGGAAGAAAUUCGAGCCCGGCACCCAACGGUUUGAGUUGUACAAGAAGGCCCAGGCCUCUCUGAAAUCGGGGCUGGAUCUGAAAACCGUGGUCCAGCUGCCUCCCGGGGAGAACAUCAAUGACUGGAUCGCGGUGCACGUGGUGGACUUCUUCAACCGGAUCAACCUCAUCUAUGGGACCAUGUCGGAGUUCUGUACCGGGAAAAGCUGUCCCAUCAUGUCCGGCGGGCUGAAGUAUGAAUACCGGUGGCAGGACGACCACAAGUACAGGAGGCCCACCAAGCUAUCGGCUCCCCAGUACAUGUGCAUGUUGAUGGAGUGGAUCGAGAUGCUCAUUAACAACGAGGACAUCUUCCCCACCAGGAUCGGAGUUCCCUUCCCCAAGAACUUCCAGCAGGUGUGCACCAAGAUCCUCACCCGCCUCUUCCGAGUCUUCGUCCACGUCUACAUCCAUCACUUCGAUAGCAUCAUCAGCCUGGGCGCCGAAGCUCACGUCAACACCUGUUACAAGCACUUUUACUACUUCAUACGAGAGUUCAGCCUCAUUGACUACCGGGAGCUGGAGCCUUUGAAGGAAAUGACGGAGAGGAUUUGCCACUGAGAUGAGAAGUUCGUCUGCCUCGCACUUGCCACGGGAUGGAAACGCAGAAGGAUGAACUAUCUGACUCCACGGUCUUGCGGUGGAAAUUUGAAACGCACAGAAACAUGCACUCGGCUCCAGCGCCUUUUUUGGGCUGGGACGACAACUUAAACUUCCAGACAAGUUUUGAACAGGAUUCAUAUCCCAGUGGAUUCUUUGUUUAGAAGCCAUUGGCGAGUGCGGGGAUAGGACAAGGAUGGGGUAUUUUGAAUACAUGCCGACAGAUUUCAUUCUCCUCUCCACAAACUCUCCUCGCCGGUUUCUUUAUUCCCCUCAAUCCCAUUCCCACAGCCCCGGCCCACCUGGUGUGUCCUCGGCUCUGUGGAUCUCCAUGAACGAUGGCACUGAUCGCUGGGGGUGAAAUCCCUAGCUAAACGCUCCAGUGAGGACUUCUGCUUCACGCCUAUUGCCUCAGUUCCCCCCACCCGAGUGUCCUGUCCGAGCACUGAACUCACUGUAAGAGCCGGAUUGAGUGGAGCUGGUCUCUUCUUUGGCUGACUCGCAGACCUGGUCGGGAACAGAGCGAGGACACUUCCAGGGCAUUAUAAAACCCUUCUCCGGGUGUCAAAGCCACAUAGCAGCCUGAUGUGUCCUUUGGCGCCGGAUGGAUUCGUGGCAUGGAUUUGUUAAUUGCUUGACAUAAAGAAACUCUCUUCUUCCAGUCUUGUGCAGCCUCCAACUUUCCCAAUAACUGUGGUCCUCACAGGAGGGCAGGGCUGGCCCACAACAUUUUGGCACCUGAGGCAGGGAGCUCAAAUGAUGCCCCCAUGCUCCCUCACUUGGGCCAAAAUUUUGAUUCCCUC